AGGCUCAGCUCUCAGUCACCCUGCUUGGACUGGAGCUCACAAUCGUUUGCUAGAGGACGAUUGAAGUGCACCGGAGCUUCUUCUUCAUCAUUUGCAUUCGCCGACGUUCACAAAACUCACGAUCCGACACCAAGUCAUAAUCGUCGUUGUCCGGCGACCGCGAAUCCGAAGACGAUUCUUCUUCCUCGAGGAAGCUGUGGACUGACAAGGCGAGACGUCGUCACCGGAUUGCUCAUUCCCGCUGCUGACGUAGCUCUCCCGUCCGACGAGCCGAGGCUUGACCCUUGUCGUUGGGCGGGUAAGGCUCUCUCUGGAAUUGUGAAGAAGCUUUCGUGAUGGCUCUGUAAUUAUAGCCAUUUGUUGAAGUAAGUGAAGGACUGGUUUCAAAUUUGGGGUUCGGUGGAUAAGAGAAGAUUUUGGUAAAGCUUUCAAAAAUCUAAGAUGAGUUCCUUAGCAGGAGGCUAUAAGCCUCAUGUUGUCUGCAUUCCUUUGCCAUUUCAGAGCCAUAUAAAGGCAAUGCUUCAGUUAGCUCAACUCCUCCACCACAGAGGUUUUCAUAUAACCUUUGUCAACACAGACUUCAACCACAAGCGCUUUCUUAAAUCCCUUGGACCCAACUCUCUUGAUCGCUUUCCUGAUUUUCGGUUUGAAACUAUUCCUGAUGGCCUUCCAAGUUCGGAUGAAAAGGAGUCCCAAGACAUCCCUUUGCUUUGUGAUUCCCUCAGAAGAAAUUGCUUGGCUCCGUUCCGUAACCUCGUCAACAAACUGAAUGGCAAUAUGAAUCUUCCGGUGACUAGCAUUGUCUCGGAUGGCUUCCUGACAUUCACCAUCACAGUUGCCAAAGAACUUGGAAUUCCUACAGCGCAGUUCUUUACUUUGGCCGCAGUUGGAUUCAUGAGCUUCAAAAUAUUUCCCACUUUGGUGGAAAAAGGAUUUGCACCCCUUAAAGAUGAGAGCUGUAUAACAAAUGAAUUUUUGGACACGGUAAUAGACUGGGUUCCGGGAGUGAAAGAUAUCCAUUUAAGGGAUCUCUCAGGCUCCUGGAGAACCACAAACCCCGAUGACAUCUCGUUUAACUUCGCCUUAGAAGCAGUGGAGGGAGCUCAUAAAGCUUCGGCAGUUAUUGUUCAUACUUUUGAGGCGUUGGAGCCAGAUGUUUUGGAAGCUCUGUCCAGCACUACAUCUAUGCUUCCACCUGUUUACGCCAUUGGCCCUCUCCAAUUACUUCUCAAUCAGAUACCGGAACACCCUUUGAAGUCUGUUGGAUACAGUUUACGCAAAGAAGAAACUGAGUGCCUCCAAUGGCUAAAUGGUAAGAUACCAAACUCAGUUGUGUAUGUGAACUUUGGGAGUGUAGUGGUCAUGACACCUCAACAUCUCAUUGAGUUUGCUUGGGGACUUGCAAAUAGCAAGCUUCCCUUCUUGUGGGUUAUUAGAUCUGAUUUGGUUGCUGGUAAAUCUGCAAUUUUGCCACCUGAGUUUGUAGCUGAAACAAAGGAAAGAGGUCUAACAGCAAGUUGGUGUCCACAAGACCAAGUGCUCAACCAUCCAUCAAUUGGAGGAUUUUUAACACACAGCGGUUGGAAUUCAACCAUGGAGAGUAUUUCUGCUGGAGUUCCGAUGCUCUGUUGGCCAUUAAUUGGUGACCAGCGGAUCAACUGUCACUAUACUUGCUGUGAGUGGGGUAUUGGCAUGGAGAUCAGUAAUGAUGUGAAGAGAGACGAAGUACAGAAACUCAUUGAAGAGUUAAUGGUAGGAGAGAAGGCUAAGAAACUGAAAAAUAAGGUCAUGGAGUGGAAGAUACUAGCAAAAGAGGCCACUGCUCCACUUGGUUCGUCAACCAUGACAUUAGACAAUUUAGUUAAGCAAGUGCUAUUAAGCAAAGAUUAGAUGUUAUUCAUAUGGCAAUCUUAAUUAAGUUUUUGUGGAUGUUAUUGGUUGCCUUGGUAAGUAACUUCAUGUAGUAUAGGCAUAUACUGCUUAGUGGCCAUUGUCUCAACUCUCCUUAACCAUCUUUAAUUUCAUUUGCUGUAAGAUUUAUGUUGAUCUCAAUUUUCAGUUUCUUUGGCUUUGUUUUUU